AUGCUGCAGCAGCAAGUGCUGCAGCAGCAAGUGCUGCAGCAGCAAGUGCUGCAGCAGCAAGUGCUGCAGAAGCAAGUGCUGCAGCAGCAAAUGGAAAGUGUGGGGCCCUGUUGGCUUUCUUUUGUGUUUAGGUUUUUAGAAAAAGAAGCAAAAACCGACAUCUGCACAGUUUGCAAAAACUUCACUUUUGAUGAAUUAACUGCUGAUGAAGAAAAAUCCCAAAAUGCAAAAAAUGAAAUUCUCGAAAGGCUCAAAGACGCAGCAGCAUUCUACAAAGUCGUCAUCACAGAAGCCAAGAUCAUUUUGAGGGACCCAAACGCCGAGGAGGACUAA